CGAAGCUCCACCUUGGAGGUUACGCCAAACCGUCUCUACUGUAGAUCAAACGUGAUUUACACUGACUCACAGUGAUCACGCUGUUCAAAUUCAUUCAGAGUCGCUCGACAUGCCGCUUCUCGCCAAAGCCGCUGGCACACUGCUGGUUACAACCGCGACGCCAACUCUGGGCUGGUUAUACUACUCUCGCGGGUCAACAUUUGUGCCUUUCACGACUACAUCGUCUUCGUUUCCCUCCGCCGCGUUCUCGAAAUUGAACCCGGACCAGAACAAACCCGCCGUCAUCGAUCACUGCGUCCGCAAGGUUCCACUUUCGCAGCUUCAAACUACCGAUCAGGAAGCGUUGACGCGGCGAUUUUGCCAGGGCGUGUGGUCCGGCCCGGGAUUCGAGAUUCAGAGGCGAUACUUGGAGAGAAAGUAUCGCGCCCUUGACGGUCGGGAAAGUCACCUGUGGGAUAAGAAAGAUCUGGCAACCAGCGAUUACGCCGUCGGAACCCGUAUCGCCGAUCACUUUGAGGUAGUGGAGAGGUCGCCAGAGAAGGUCACGGUACGAUGUGGAGACUCUCCAACAAUCCAAGACAAGCGACCUUCUGAUGGAAUCUUCUCCAUUGAGGUCAGCAAGGAUGAGAAAGACGCGACUUUCCACCUCAAGAGCGUGUUUUUCAAUUCCACCCCUUCAGGAAAGGACGGCGCUCAGCUUCCUUGGUGGUUUGAUUCUGCUCACAAAGAAUACACAAAGCUUUGGAUGGAAACAUCCGUUCGAAAGCUGUUGAAAUAAAACCACCCAAUCUCCCGGAAAUCUGGGUUCUUUACGUUCAUGUAUAUAUUGAUUAGUUCCAUCACUUCGUUGAUAAUAAUACAGUGGAAUUAAAUCA